UUCAGGAGAAAGUCAAUUUUCGGCAGUGAGCAUUAUGAUGAGACAACUUAAAGACAGCGGAGAGAUUGAAAAUUUGAAUGCACAAGCACUCAACAACACCCGGAAAGCAGAAAAACAAUUAGUUUUCUUUAAUCGUGUUCCUAAAGUUGGUAGCCAGACAUUUAUGGAACUUUUAAGGCAUUUAGCCAUGAAGAACGACUUUGGCUUCCAUAGAGAUCACAUUCAGAGAGUGGAAACAAUUAGAUUGGCUCCUGCAGAACAGCUUGGCCUAGCAGCUAUGAUCAACAGCUAUUCGACCCCUUCAGUAUACGUCAAGCAUAUAUGUUUCAUCAAUUUUACACAAUACAGUCUGCCUGAACCUAUUUAUGUGAACUUAGUGCGGGAUCCUGUAGAGCGAGUGAUUUCCUGGUACUAUUAUGUCCGAGCACCAUGGUAUUACGUAGAAAGGAAACAAGCAUUCCCAGAUAUACCUCUUCCAGACCCUCUUUGGCUUAAAAAGGAUUUUGAAACCUGUGUACUUCGUGGAGACAGGGAAUGUCAGUACAUCGAAGGUGAAACCAGGGAAGGUAUCGGUGAUCACAGGAGGCAAUCUCUCUUUUUCUGCGGUCAUGGAGAUGCUUGCACGCCAUUUAACACAGUUGGAGCAUUACAACGAGCUAAAAGGGCAGUAGAAAGGCAUUAUGCAGUAGUUGGAGUUUUAGAAGACCUUAACUCAACUCUUACAGUCUUGGAACACUACGUUCCCAGAUUUUUUAGAGGAGCUUCAAAAAUUUACAAUGAAGAACUGGAACGCUUUAGAAAGAUUAAUCGUAACAACUUUAAACCACCAGUCAGCGAAGAAGUAAAAGAUAUUGUACGUCGUAAUUUCACAAGAGAAGUAGAGUUCUAUCACUUUUGCCGACAGAGGUUACACAGACAACUGCUAGCUCUAAAGCUGCCCGAAACAUAUCGUUAAUAUUUUUGUUAAAAAACAACAAUGUUUUGUUGAGCAGCAGAGUAUGCUCUAAUUUGAGCAAGAUUUAAUGAGUACGUUAUGUGUUGUUUUGUUUAGAAGGUUAAUAUUCUAUAUCAAUAUGUUGUUUAACAAAACAUCAUUCCAUUUAAUGUACUUAACUUUUAUUAUACUGGAAUCAGUAUUGGAAAAAAUAAGGAAGAAAAUUAUCCUAUUAUUGUAAACAUAUCUUGCCAUUAUACAAUUUAAGACCAGUCUAUAGAGGAUUAUUCAUAAACUAAUUUGUAACAAUGUUUUAUAUAUUUGUUUAAUUAAUUAGAAAAUGUGAGGAAUUGAGCAAAUUAAAAUAUAAUAGAUAUUUUAACACUGUUUCAAAUAGACUAAGGUUUAGAAAAAGAAGUAAGAAAUUUUAUAAUAAAUUUUUACAAUUGUCAAACUGUAAGUUCCUGUGCUUCAUAGCUAUAUAAGACAGUUUUGAUGUUUAGAUAGCAAUUUCUUUUAUUUUAAACUUGUAUAAAGAACCAUUAAUGCACUAUUAGCGAACAAUAUAUAAUGUCUGAAAUUUUAAUCAAUUCUAAAUGUCUUUAAUAUUUAAUUAUUGAAUAUUUAGAUAGAUUUGUUGAAUGCUGUUAUUGUUAUGUUUUUGAAACUGUUAUUAAUAAGAAAAAAUCAUUGAAUGAUAACAAUAACUCGCAAACUUAUUUUUCAUAAAUAUUUUCUUUUAUCUAUCACUAGGUGUUAAAGUAACUGAAUUGACACAAAUUCAGUAUGUAUUAUUUUUUUUUUUUUAUGUAAAAUGGAGUACCUUUUUGAAUAAAGAGAAAAGAUGUAAAUAUUUCGAUUACCAGACAAAAAAAAAAAAUGUUCUUAUAAAAAAAUCAAAAAAACAAAAAAAAUUAAAAUUCAUCACAUUCAAUUUUAUUUAUAAAUAAUUUAGAAUUAGUUUUGUGAAAUUUUGUGAUAUUUAUUGUUAAAUAAUUUUGUAAUGUACAUAGUAUAUAAAUUUAUGUAAAAUAUGAUACAAUAAAUAUUUAUAAAAUGAAGUCGACUCACCAGUUCGAAAUCUUUUCUUUUCCUUG